UAAAACGUUUCUGUGUAAAAAGUGGUUAAAGCAGCUGUCCCUGUUACAAGUUUUGAUUGUGCUGGCUUUUUCCCCAGGGGGAGUGGCCACAGAGGGUCCUAUCUGGUGGUGAGUGGCUGUCAUGAUCUCUACAGCACCGCUCUACAGCGGCGUGCACAACUGGACCAGUUCUGACCGGAUUCGCAUGUGUGGCAUCAACGAAGAGAGAAGAGCACCUCUUUCUGAUGAGGAGUGCACAACAGGUGACUGCCAGCACUUUGGAUCUCAGGAGUUUUGUGUCAGCAGCAGUUUUUCCAAGGUGGAGCUCACGGCAGUUGGAAGUGGCAGCAAUGCCCGGGGGGCAGAUUCAGAUGGCAGUGCAACAGAAAAACUUGGGCACAAGUCAGAAGACAAGCCUGACGACCCCCAGCCGAAAAUGGACUAUGCUGGAAAUGUGGCAGAGGCUGAGGGCCUCUUGGUGCCACUGAGCAGCCCAGGAGACGGGCUCAAGCUUCCUGCUCCUGACAGCAGCGAGGCCAGCAACAGCAGGGCUGACUGCUCCUGGACUCCCCUCAACACCCAAAUGAGCAAACAGGUUGACUGCUCACCGGCAGGGGUAAAGGCUUUGGACUCUAGGCAUGGCGUUGGAGAGAAGAAUACUUUCAUUUUGGCAACUCUGGGAACUGGAGUCCCCGUGGAGGGGACCCUGCCUCUGGUUACCACUAACUUCAGUCAGCUGCCAGCUCCCAUCUGUCCCCCUGCACCGGGUUCGGCCUCUGUCCCCCAAUCUGUUCCGGAUCCAUUCCAGGUUCCCCUCUCUGUCCCUGCCUCCGUGCCCCAUUCUGGGCUCGUUCCAGUCCAGGUUGCCACUUCGGUUCCAGAUCCUUCCCCUCCCUUAGCACCAGUCCCUGCUCUGGCGCCAGCGCCACCAUCAGUGCCCACACUCAUCUCUGACUCGAGCCCCCUUUCGGUUUCGGCCUCGGUCUUGGUGCCCGUGCCAGCUUCUGCUCCCCCCUCGGGCCCGGUUCCCCUGUCGGCUCCAGCUCCUGCACCCCUCUCAGUCCCAGUUUCAGCUCCUCCCUUGGCUCUGAUCCAGGCUCCCGUGCCCCCUUCAGCUCCAACCUUGGUCCUCACUCCUGUCCCCACUCCGGUUCUGGCUCCCCUGCCGGCAUCUACACCUCCAGCGGCUCCCGCACCCCCAUCCGUGCCGAUGCCCACCCCGACCCCAUCUUCUGGUCCACCUUCUACCCCUACCCUCAUCCCUGCCUUCGCUCCCACACCGGUGCCUGCACCCACCCCGGCCCCAAUCUUUACUCCAGCCCCCACGCCCAUGCCUGCUGCCACACCAACUGCCAUUCCCACCUCUGCACCCAUCCCGGCCUCUUUCAGUUUGAGUCGAGUGUGUUUUCCUGCAGCUCAGGCACCAGCUAUGCAAAAAGUCCCUCUGUCCUUUCAGCCAGGGACAGUGCUAACCCCGAGCCAGCCGCUGGUAUAUAUCCCACCUCCGAGCUGUGGGCAGCCGCUCAGUGUGGCCACACUGCCAACCACCCUGGGGGUCUCCUCCACUCUCACACUCCCUGUCCUGCCAUCCUACCUGCAGGACAGGUGUCUCCCGGGUGUGCUGGCCUCCCCAGAGCUCCGGUCUUACCCAUAUGCAUUUUCUGUGGCCCGGCCUCUGACUUCAGAUUCGAAGCUGGUCUCCCUGGAGGUGAACAGGCUCCCCUCCACUUCCCCGUCCGGCAGCACCACCACCCAGCCUGCACCCGAUGGGGUCUCCGGGCCUUUGGCAGAUACCUCUCUCGCCACUGCGUCUGCCAAGGUGCUUCCAACUCCACAGCCUUUGCUGCCAGCCCCCAGCGGGAGCUCAGCCCCACUGCACCCCGCCAAGAUGCCAGGUGGCACUGAGCAGCAAACAGAAGGGACUUCUGUUACCUUCUCUCCCCUCAAGUCACCUCCACAGCUGGAGCGAGAGAUGGCCUCUCCACCUGAGUGCAGUGAGAUGCCCCUUGAUCUCUCCUCUAAGUCCAACCGCCAGAAGCUUCCAUUGCCGAACCAGCGCAAGACGCCCCCCAUGCCCGUGUUGACGCCUGUGCACACCAGCAGCAAGGCCCUCCUCUCCACGGUCCUGUCUAGGUCUCAGCGUACAACCCAGGCUGCCGGCAGCAGUGUCACCUCCUGCCUGGGCUCCACCUCCUCACCUUUUGUCAUCUUUCCCGAGAUUGUGAGGAACGGAGACCCAAGCACCUGGGUGAAAAACUCAACUGCGCUGAUCAGCACCAUUCCUGGCACUUAUGUGGGAGUGGCCAACCCAGUGCCUGCAUCCCUGCUGCUGAACAAAGACACCAACCUGGGUCCCAACCGUGACCCCCGCCAUCUCCCCAAGCAAGAGCCCAUCUCCAUCAUUGAUCAAGGAGAGCCUAAGAGCACUGGUGCCACAUGUGGCAAGAAGGGCAACCAGGCUGGUGCUGAGGGACAGCCAAGCACAGUCAAACGAUAUACCCCAGCCCGCAUCGCCCCUGGGCUGCCGGGGUGUCAAACUAAGGAGCUUUCUUUGUGGAAACCCACUGGGCCGGCAAAUAUUUAUCCACGGUGUUCAGUCAAUGGGAAACCCACCAGCACCCAGGUCCUGCCUGUUGGCUGGUCACCAUACCACCCUACAUCUCUGCUUUCCAUUGGCAUUUCCAGUGCCGGGCAGCUGACCCCCAGCCAGGGGGUGCCCAUUAGGCCCACCAGCGUCAUUUCUGAGUUUUCUGGUGUGCCAUCUCUUGGCUCCAGUGAAGCCGUGCACGGACUUCCUGAGGGGCAGCCACGGCCUGGGGGCCCCUUUCCUCCAGAGCAGGACACUGUCACAAAGAACAAAACUUGCCGGAUUGCUGCCAAGCCUUAUGAAGAACAAGUCAACCCUGUCCUCCUGACCCUCAGCCCUCAGACAGGGACCCUGGCACUGUCUGUUCAGCCUAGCAGUGGGGACAUUCGAGUAAAUCAGGGCCCUGAGGAAUCAGAGAGCCAGCUCUGCUCUGAUAGCACUCCUAAGAUGGAAAGCCCCCAGGGAGCUUGUGGCGUGAAGCUGGCAGGAGACACAAAGCCUAAGAACCAAGUGCUAGCUACCUAUAUGUCCCAUGAGCUGGUCCUGGCCACCCCCGAGAACCUGCGCAAGAUGCCUGAGCUGCCUUUGCUACCUCAUGACAGCCACCCCAAGGAACUCAUCUUGGAUGUGGUUCCGAGCAGCAAGAGGGGCUCCAGCACAGAGCUUUCACAGCUUGGAAGCCAGGUGGAUCUGGGGCGGGUGAAAAUGGAGAAAGUGGAUGGUGACGUGGUCUUCAAUUUAGCCACCUGCUUCCGGGCCGAUGGCCUCCCAGCAGCUCCCCAGAGGGGCCAAACUGAAGUUCGGGGUAAGGCCGGGCAGGCUCGAGUUAAACAGGAAAGUGUAGGGGUCUUUGCUUGCAAGAACAAGUGGCAGCCAGAUGAUGUGACCGAAUCUCUGCUACCCAAGAAGAUGAAGUGUGGCAAAGAGAAGGAAGACGAAGAGCAGCAGAAGCAGCAGAAGCAGCAGCAGCAGCAGCAGCAGCAGCAGCAGCAGCAGCAGCAGCAGCAGCAGGAGCAGCAGGAGCAGCAACCACAAACCAAGCCCGUAGUCCGGAGUUCCCACAGACCAAAGGGCCGGAAGCCGCCCAGUGACCCCCAGGAACCCACCAAGAAAAGCCCCAGGGGGGCUUCAGAUUCAGGUAAAGAGCACAAUGGAGUCAGGGGAAAGCACAAGCACCGGAAGCCAACAAAGCUGGAGUCCCAGUCUCCAGGAAAACGAGCCGAGGGCCACGAGGAAGGUUCCUUGGAAAAGAAAGCAAAGAGCAGUUUCCGUGACUUCAUCCCUGUGGUUCUGAGCACCCGGACGCGCAGUCAGUCUGGAAGCAUCUGUAGCUCCUUUGCUGGUAUGGCAGACAGUGACAUGGGAAGCCAAGAAGUCUUCCCCACAGAAGAGGAAGAGGAGGUGGCCCCCACCCCAGCUAAGCGUCGAAAGGUCAGAAAGACUCAGCGGGACACCCAGUAUCGCAGCCAUCAUGCCCAGGACAAGACUUUGCUGAGCCAGGGCCGCAGACACUUGUGGCGAGCCCGAGAAAUGCCCUGGAGGACAGAGGCUGCCCGGCAAAUGUGGGACACCAAUGAAGAGGAGGAGGAAGAUGAAGAGGAGGGCCUGGUGAAGAGGAAGAAACGGAGAAGGCAGAAGAGCAGAAAGUAUCAGACUGGGGAGUACCUGACCGAGCAAGAAGAAGAGCAGCGGCGGAAAGGGAGAGCAGAUUUAAAGGCCCGUAAGCAGAAUACUUCCUCACAGAGUUCGGAGCACCGCCUCAGGAAUAGGAACCUUCUUUUGCCCAACAAAGCCCAAGGGAUCUCUGAUUCACCAAAUGGUUUCCUCCCAAAUAACCUGGAGGAGCCAGCCUGCCUUGAAAAUUCAGAAAAGCCAUCAGGAAAACGAAAGUGCAAGACCAAGCACAUGACAAACGUCUCAGAAGAGGCAAAGGGCAAAGGUCGUUGGAACCAGCAGAAGACACGAUCUCCCAAAUCUCCCACCACAGUGAAACCCUCAGAACCAUGUACACCUUCUAAGUCCCGAAGUGCCGGCCCAGAGGAGGCCUCAGAGUCACCUACAGCCAGGCAGAUCCCCCCAGAGGCACGUCGACUCAUAGUGAACAAAAACGCUGGCGAGACCCUCCUGCAGAGGGCGGCUCGUCUUGGCUAUAAGGACGUUGUUCUCUACUGCCUCCAGAAAGACAGUGAGGACGUGAAUCACCGUGACAAUGCUGGCUACACAGCCCUGCAUGAGGCCUGUUCCCGGGGCUGGACCGACAUCCUGAACAUCCUGCUGGAGCACGGGGCCAACGUGAACUGCAGCGCGCAGGAUGGCACGAGGCCAGUUCAUGAUGCAGUGGUCAACGACAACCUGGAGACCAUCUGGCUCCUACUGUCCUAUGGGGCCGACCCCACACUGGCUACCUACUCGGGCCAGACGGCCAUGAAGCUGGCCAGCAGCGACACCAUGAAGCGCUUUCUCAGUGAUCACCUCUCGGAUCUUCAGGGCCGGGCAGAGGGUGAUCCUGGUGUAUCCUGGGAUUUUUAUAGCAGUUCAGUGCUAGAGGAAAAAGACGGGUUUGCCUGUGACCUCCUACAUAAUCCUCCUGGGACCUCUGAUCAAGAAGGAGAUGAUGGGGAAGAGGAUGAUUUCAUGUUCGAAUUCUCAGACAAGCCUCUUCUCCCUUGCUACAAUGUCCAAGUGUCAGUAUCCUCCGGGCCCUCCAACUGGUUCCUCUUCACUGAUGUCCUGAAGAGGCUGAAGCUUUCCUCCAGGAUCUUUCAGGCCCGGUUCCCGCACUUUGAAAUCGUCAACAUGCCCAAGGCUGAGUUCUACCGGCAGGUGGCCUCCAGUCAGCUGCUGACCCCUGCCGAGAGGCCUGGAGGCUUGGAGGACAGACCUCCCCCAGGCUCCUCUGAGACUGUAGAGCUGGUGCAGUAUGAGAUAGAGCUACUUAGGCUCCUAGGGUCGGAGGUGGAAUUCCACUCUUGGAGCAGUUGACCGGGGAAAACAGCCCCUUCCUUUUCUUCUUUCUCCUCCUGAGUUCACCCUUCCCCCACCUCCCAUGUCUUCCCCCACUGAGCACCAGACUGCAGAAUGAGGCAAUAAUAUGGACCAACAAGAAGCCGCCUUAUCAAUGCCAGCAUUAGUGACUGGACCGUUUUUGUUUUUUUGGUUACAAUUAGUUCUCAUCUCCCUGUCAUCGUCAUUGUUGUCGUGGUUGGUGAUGGGGGUGGAAAGUUGAACUUUGUCUGAGGACAAGAGGUCCCAGGGGUGGUGGGGAGGUGGCACCAGGGUCCCUUGGACUGGCCUCCUUGUGUAUGACCAAGACCUGACAAGGGCCCUGGGUGGCCAUGGCCUGUCCCAUGGAGAAAUGAGAAAAGCCCAAAUCUCUGAGCGCCCCCGCUCUGUUCCCCUGUGUUCUUCUGUCUUCCAUAGUAUUUAUUUUAUUAGUAUUUAAUUUGUAUUGUUUCAUUGGUUUCUGAUAAGUCUGUAUCACUGUGACAAUUUGAGACAACUUGUUGUAUUGAGGGACUUUCUUUACCUCCUUUCUUUUUCUUUCUUGAUAAGCUCUGACAGAGUUAUUCCCAGGUGGUUUUUUCCCCCAACUGGGGAGGGAGUGGGGUGGGGUGGGAUUGGGGGACCUGGAUUUGUGACUAAUGAAGCUGGCUGCUGCUGGCCCAGGGCUGGGGGCUGGGGGUAAAUCCGGAGGCUUUGGUGCUCCCCCUCCCCCGCCAGUUUUUUCUCCUCUCGGCCUGCCCCCAGCAGCCCUGCUAUCUUGAGAUUGUUUACGGGGAGGGGAGGAUUGUGGGGUGAGGAGUUAAUGAGUUACUCUGAUAAAGGAGAGUGGAAAAGGAGUCUGAGGGGUGAGGGUGUCCCCACCUGAUGCCUACUUCACUGCUCCCUUCAAAGGGCACGAUAUGGAUUUGUUCCUGCAUCUUUCCCCUACAGCCCCGCCCCGUCCUAGCCUCCCCCUCUCAAGAUACUGAGCCUCAAACCUCCCAGCCCUCACCUUCCAUCUCUGCCCCUUCCCAGACAGGCAGCACCCCUUCCUCUCCUUUCCUCCCUCUACUCCCCAUUCUCCUUUGGAAUCUGCAGAGGGCUCCCGGACUGACUGCCAGAUGUGAAAUCCAGGCGUCAGCUGUUUCCUAGGUGAGCGCAGGAAACUGGUCUCCAGCCCGGGCUCCACUCCUGCUGGAGACCUGGGGCUGAGUGUGUGGCCCCACCAGGCCUCCCCACAAGCCUCCGGGCCUCCAGCGCUGGAUUUGUUCAGGGAAAGAGGGAGAGAGAGAGGAGCUUGGGUUGCUUCCCUGUCCCCACCCCCUCUGUGGCAUUGUCUUUCCCACCCUUGUUCUUAUUUUUCUACCGAUUGCUAUUUUUCCGAACAAUCCUUGUAGAGAGUACGUACCAUCCAAAGGCAUGAGGGCCUCGCUGUGGCCAGCUCUGGUUGGAGAUGGUACAGUUUUAUUGUACAGGUGCUAAAACAACAACAACAAAAGAAGAAAAUGGAAAAAAAAAUUUAAAAAAAGGAAAAAAAAAAAGCCAGUUUGAGGAUGGGACAAUCUGUUCUCUGGAGGCUCCUGACCCACUCGGGAGCAUUGGUGGAUAUUUUCUUUGUAUUGUGUUUGUUCUUUGUUCCCCGGGGCAGAUUCUGGGCCCCCUUCUGUAGGACUGCUCCCCACCCCUGCCAUACUGCCCAGUUGGUUUUGAACAGUUGUUCUCCCUUUUUAAGAAAAAAAAAAAUAUAUAUAUAUAUAUAUAUAAAGUUGAGGGGUUUUGGAUUUUAAUUUUUUGGUUUUGUUGGGGUUCCUGGUAUUGUGUGGUUUAUUUUAUGUUUUACGUUUGCCUUUACUUUUUUGCAUUUGGUUGUGUAUUCUGGCUGCCCUUUAUGUUUCAUUUUAAGCAACUGGCUGUGGAGUCAAAAACACUUGCAUACUGAAAAACCUGUGUUGGGG